UAGGUAUGUCCCACCGGCUCGUAGAAGCUUGUCUGACCAAGGUCGUGGGAGUGUGUCUAGCCAAGAUCGUGGUAGUGUGUCUCGCCGGGAACUAGUUAGAGAAGUACGUCUAAUGAGAGAAGUACGUAGCAUUAGUUGUGCAAAGAAGACCGCUGGUACUAGACCAGUUGAUUUUGACCCGAAAUUGGUCGAAAUUGAAAUUCUUUACAAGUUUAUUAGUUUUCAAUCUUUUGAUGGGUUUUUCAAACCAACUGCAAAGUUGUCGAGCUUUUUUUCAAGGGGAAAGGAUAAGAAUUUAUUUCAAAACAAGGAUCAAGAUUCUGUCUGGUCUACCUGUAUUGCUUUGGCUUAUUUUGACAUUGUAAUGAAGGAUUUCAAGGAAGAGUGGGAAUUGUGUUAUGAAAAAGCUCAGACUGCAUUAAAUGAGUCGAGCGGGUAUGAUUCUAGUGUUCUUGAGAAGAUGUUGCAAGAUGCUAGGAAGUGGGUUACUGAUAAUAUCAAGUGA